AAAACCCACACCCCAUGUCUCUAUCCCACACUUGAUAGGUGUUGUUGAGUAGAGCACUCCCCCACCCUUCCCUUGCAUUAUUCGAACCAACCAAGGAGGAAGGAGCUCCAAGAAAUUCUCUCAACUAAUCCAUAGUGUGGAGGGAGCAACAAGGAAGAAAAUCCAAGAAGAAAAGGCUAGGAUUUGAGGAGUCGAAAUCGCCGGAAACCGCCAAGAAAAACAGGCUGCUCGAACCUGUAGAACACGAACACCGGGCGGCUUUCACAAAAGCCGGGUGGCUUUUGGCUGCUGUCCAGUUUUUUCGUUUCAAUCGGCCUAGAACGGGGAUUGAUCGAAGGGCUUCGCAAAGGCAUCUAGUUAAGCACUUCAUAAGAUGAGGAUGAGUGACUAUAUUGCUUAUAGUUAGUGAGUUAAUUUCAUGAGAUUACCUAAGGUAAUUAAAUGUGUUUUUAUGGAUUGUUAAUGAUUAAUAAUGCCUAAGAAUGAGAAGACUAUGUCUAUAAGGAAAAGAGCAUGAUAUAUAAAUUUAAGGGUAAAUUGUGUAUAAUCAUGUGUUAUGAGUAUGAUUACUUGAUUAUGAGAUUAACGAUGAAAUGUAUGUUGAAAUAUACUUGUUUUCUUCAUAUAAGGAUAUAUGAAUGAUUAAAAGUGAUAUUUUGUAUAUUGAUAUAAAGACGAUAUUUCCAAUGGAAAAUCAGUUGCGUAUAUUAUAAAUGACCAUGAAUGGAGAACUUGGCUUUGUUGGAAUUAAUCGGACUAGUAUUAAUAUACUAGUUGAGCGUUAUAUUGAAAUGUUGCUAAAAUUGAUCCUAAGGUUGGAUUGUGAAAUGCUAUGCCUUAAGUAGUCUUAAGAGAUGCUUUGAGGUAGAAAUGUAUGAACUUUAAGUUAUGCUAGGGGUAGGCCUUAAGGGAUACCCAAGAUAAAGUGAAUAAUAAAUUGAUCUUAGGUAUAGGAUUGGCCUAUGGGCGUGUUCGGUAGUCUUUGAGGAUAGCCGGUUGAAUUAUGAGAAUAAGUAAGGACCAUGGCCCUUCCCGACUCUAGAGAGUGGGGUUGGAUAGCAUGAGACUUGCAUCGUGAUCACGGGUUAAGGUGGAAUCCGAACGGAGACCUAACUAGGCUCCAACAUCGGUAACACAUAAGAUAGGACCCCGAAGGGCCUUACCUUCCUACGGGAUGAAGGGUAUGUGUCCAGGGGCGGGAUGUUGAAAUCUGAACCGAGAGUCUUAUGAGGUCUCAGACAACGGUAGCAAAUCCCGUAGAAAUGAUAAGACCCACGGGUUGGGUUGCACAACUGAUAAAUGAAAAGGAAUAUAUAAGAAGGGCCGUGAGCCGACAAAUAAAUGAAUUUAGUUAUUAUAGAGAUAAUAAGUGGGGAAUAUAAAUUAUUAUUUAUAUUAUGAUAUCACCGUAUUUUAAGGGUCUUAGAAAUUAAAACGUUGAUUAUACUCGGUAUAGUUGUCAUUGUACUUGUCAAAUGCUUCCAAGUACUGACCUCCCCUUCAUGGGGGAGGCCACCUCAUAGUUUCAGGUAGGAGUUGAGUUGCUACAAUCGCUCGUUGCUCCAGGAAGAUCGAGGGAAGAAGACGUGGUUCAUGCUUCUUCCGUUCUGUUUAAAAACACUUAUACUAAUGCUCAUGGAUACCAUUUUCUGAAUAAUUAUUUUGGGGGCUUGUAUGCCUGAUUAUGCCAAGUCUGGCUUGAACACUUGUAUGAAUGCUUCCGCUGUUUUAAAUGAAUGUUUUAGAUUAUGCUUGUUUAUGGAUGUACUAUGUGUGAACGGUAUUCGAGACGCCUUGUAUAGUAUGGAUGUGUUGGAUUGCGGUUGACUCUUCGUAGUGUACGGCGGAUUAUUGACGUGUUCGGGUAGGUCCGGGGCAUGACAAGCAAUCAAAGCCAAGUGGCCACACACAGCAAACAAGCAAGUGAUCAUACAACAAGAUAAUGCCAGGCCUCAUAUUCAAAUACAUGAUGCAGACUUUGUUAAAUCAGGAACAGAGAAUGGAUGGAAUAUCCAACUACAAUGUCAACCCCCUAAUAGUCCUGAUUUAAAUGUUUUAGACCUAAGUUUCUUUAGGGCUAUUGAUUCCAUAAAGGAUCAAAAGCCCCCAAAAAAUAUCUUGGAUUUAAUACAGGCAGUGCAAGUCUCAUACGAGGAGCUGACACCUCAAACACUGAACAAAGUCUUUUUGAGCUAUCAAUAUGUAAUGGAAGAAAUCUUAAAGCACAGAGGAGGCAGCAAUUUCAAGCUCAAACAUGUGGGGAAGGACAAGUUUCAAAGGCAAGGGCUACUACAAAAAAAUGUCCAGAUCUCCCGUGACUUGGAUCAAACAGCUAAAGGAUUCAUGGAUGGACAGAUGGCAACAAACUCCUCACAUACAAGUCAAGGGACUCAGUUCAUACAUGAAGAUGAACAACAUCUUCAAGUAUGAAGUAAAUACCCCACUUGGUAUUCUUUUUGAACCUUUUUGUAAGUACUCUAAACUUAUAAGUAAUGGGGGGUGUACUAUUUUUGUAUGUACAAUCAAAGGCAUGAGAGUACAAGUUUUUAAUGUACCCCCACUGCUAGUGUACAUUUUUUGUGUAAGCAAAAGCAAUGGAAGCAUAUUUUAAUGUACACUUGUGUACAAAGACACCAC